CGAGUCCGUAUUUGCUCCGUAGAGAUUCCCCCUUCCUUCCUGGGCUGAUUGAGGUAAACCUACGCGGUCGCAUCAUUAUCGCUAAUACCUGACGGAGUGGAAAUAAACGGAAACAUUUUACGUGCCUGACCGAAACCUGUGAGGUAUGAGGCGGCCGCGGGGCGCGCGCAGCUGAAACCCGGAAGGGUUAAAGCGACCGAAUUACCAGCAGGAGAGGAACUUAAGGUCUCCAUGGCUGUGAAAAGUUAACGAAGAAACGACUGAGAAAACAGGAAUUGUUCGUCCCUGUCCGACUCCAGUGUCCCCCCGGUGUCUUCGUCUCAGUAGGAUUGGACACUUUAUAGCAGCUCUCUGUAGCUGAGCCAUUCCCACUCUCCUGGUUCCAUGGCUGCAGCAGUGCGAAGCAGCGAGUGGUCAUGUGGACGCUGCACCUUCCUGAACGCAGGCGCUGCGCCCCGCUGCUCCAUCUGCGAGGCGCCGCGCCAGAAACCCGAUCUGAACCAGAUCCUGCGGCUAAGCAGCACCGAGGAGCAACGCUGGGCCUGCCCACGCUGUACGCUCAACAACCCACAGGGAUCCGGAGCCUGCUCGGUCUGUGGCUUUGGCCCAUCGUCCGCCACCAACACCCCGCCUACCACAACCAUAGCCGUCACUGCCAAUGGCCUCCCAUCUGCUCCAGCUGAGCCCCCGACACCCGCAGUCACCCCCACGGUGCUACUUGAGCCCAAUGGACAGCAUCCGGUCAAAGAGGAUGUGUUGCGCCGCUCGGAGAGCAACGGAGAAGUGAGUGGCCAUGAAGGGCAGAACCCCGGUUGGGCUUGUGCCCGGUGCACGCUCCACAACACCCCAGUGGCUUUAUCAUGCUCAGCCUGCGGCGGACCCAGAAAACUGUCUCUGCCUAAAAUCCCCCCAGAGGCGCUGGUAGUACCUGAAGUACGUACGCCUGUCGUCGGGUUCCCCGUUCACCCAGCACCGUCAGCACCCUUAGUCAUCGACCUCACAGACGAGUCCAACACCCCCACUCCGUCUGAUCCUCAAGAAUCUCCCCAAGUUUCGUCACAGGGUCUCUCUUCGCCUUAUCCAACAUUCCCCUCCCUCCAGAACAAUCCCGUGCCCCGCAGCCGGAGAGAAGUUCCCCCACCAGGCCGCCCGCAAAACCAAGGGACCAACAGUCCCAGCCCCACCUCCCCGUCCACGGCCGUCGUGCCCCCACAGCCCGGCCCGCAGCGGCCAGCCAAACCCAAACACGCACAACCCCAAGAACCUUUGUACCCCAGCAAGCGCCUCAGCAUCUUGGAAGAAGAAGACCCUCAGCACCACCCUCUGACUCCGGCUAACCCCACCUGGAAGUGCCCUAGCUGCUCUUUGCCCAACGCUGUUAGCUCAGCCAAGUGUGAGGGCUGCCGAUCGUCAAGGGCCGGCGCUGACCUCAUCGACCUUGUAGGCUGUGAAACGGUACGAUUUACCCCGGCUAGCCCAUCCAGUCCGGACUUUAGCACCUGGGCAUGCUCCAAGUGCACCCUGCGGAAUCCCACCGGCACACCCAAGUGCUCAGCUUGUGGUUCUUCCAAACUGCACGGCUUUCAGGAGCAGCAGACCCCUCUGGCCCGCUGCUGUCCACAUUGCGGCUCUGCUUCGUGCUCUUGUCCGCCCUCCUCCACCCCGUCGGGUCAUAAAGCACGUAAACAGGCCCGGGUCUUCCCUUCCGCUGCCGGCGCUUCCUCCGGUUCGUCGGCCUCCACCUUGUCUGGCCUCCAGGAGAAAGCAGGACAGUGGAGCUGCCCUGCAUGCACGCUUCUCAACGACGUCAAGGCCAAGAACUGUGCAGCGUGCCACACAGCGCAGCAGUACCUCACCCUGCGCAAGGUGGUGAAGCCUCUGAAGAGGAGGGAGAGCAUGCAUGUGGAGGCUCGUCGACGGAACGACGAGGGAGAAGCCAAGGAGCUCUGGGAGAACAUCGUCAGCUUCUGCAGAGAGAACUCUGUGAACUUUGUGGAUGACAGUUUCCCCCCAGGACCUCGCUCUGUGGGCUUCCCCGAGGGCGACAGCGUCCAGCAGCGGAUCAAAAAGUGGCUGCGUCCCCACGAGAUCAACUGCAGCAACUUUAAAGACAGAGGUGUGAAAUGGUCCGUCUUCCGCACACCGCGGCCCUCCGACAUCCUCCAAGGGCUCCUCGGGAACUGCUGGUUCCUGAGCGCAUUGGCAGUGCUGGCGGAGCGGCCGGAGCUGGUGGAGAGAGUCAUGAUCACCAGAACCAUCUGCCCGGAGGGCGCCUACCAGGUCCGGCUCUGCAAAGACGGGACAUGGACCACGGUGCUGGUUGACGACAUGCUGCCCUGCGACGAUUACGGAUACCUCCUCUUUUCACAGGCUCAGAGGAAGCAGCUCUGGGUGGCUCUGAUCGAGAAGGCCCUGGCCAAACUCCACGGGUCCUACUUCGCCCUGCAGGCGGGGCGCGCCAUCGAGGGCCUGGCCACUCUGACCGGGGCGCCCUGCGACUCCCUCAUGCUGCAGGUCAGCUCCACUAAUCCCCGAGAGGAACCCAUCGACACCGACCUGAUCUGGGCCAAGAUGCUGAGCUCCAAGGAGGCUGGGUUUCUAAUGGGAGCUUCGUGUGGAGGUGGGAACAUGAAGGUGGACGACGCCGUUUAUGAGUCCUUGGGUCUGAGGCCCAGACACGCCUACUCCAUUCUGGAUGUUCGAGACGUUCAGGGUUACAGGUUGCUGCGGCUGCGUAACCCCUGGGGUCGCUUCUCCUGGAACGGCAGCUGGUCGGACGAGUGGCCGGACUGGCCGCAGCACCUCCGGCACGAGCUGAUGGCUCACGGCAGCAGCGAGGGCGUCUUCUGGAUGGAGUACACCGACUUCAUAAAAUACUUUGACUCAGUCGACAUCUGUAAGAUCCACUCCGACUGGCAGGAAGUGCGUCUCCAGGGCUGCUUCCCCAGCAAAGCCAGCGGCCCGGUCACCGUCACCGCCCUCACCGUGUUGGAGCGCACCGCCCUGGAGUUCGCUCUCUUCCAGGAGGGAAGCAGGCGCUCGGACACGGCCGACAGCCACCUGCUGGACCUCUGCAUCAUGGUGUUCCGCGCUUCGUUCGGCAGCGGCAACAAGCUCACCCUGGGCCGCCUGUUGGCCCACAGCAAGCGGGCCGUCAAGAAGUUCGUGGGCUGCGACGUGAUGCUGGAGCCGGGGGAGUACGCCGUCGUCUGCUGCGCCUUCAACCAUUGGCAGAUGAACGUGAGCGGGACGGGAGCUCCGCCCACGCCCAUCUCCAGUCCCACCAGUGGGGCGGCCCGCCGGCCCAGCCACGACUUCCCCGGCUACAUCCUGGCCAUCUACAGCUCCCGCCAGGUGAUGGUGGAGCAGGUGGAGGCCACGCCCACCACGCUGGCCGACGCCAUCAUCCUGCUCACAGAGAACAAAGGAGAACGACACGAGGGUCGUGAGGGCAUGACCUGCUACUACCUGACCCAUGGAUGGGCGGGGCUUAUCGUGGUGGUGGAGAACCGCCACCCCAAGUACUACCUCCACGUUUCCUGUGACUGCACCGACAGCUUCAAUGUGGUUUCCACGCGUGGCAGCCUCAAGACCAUCGACAGCGUUCCACCUUUACACAGGCAGGUGCUGGUGGUACUCUCCCAGUUGGAGGGAAACGCAGGGUUCUCCAUCACCCAUCGCCUCGCCCACCGGAAGGCGGCGCAGGCCUCCCUGGGCGACUGGACUCCCACCAAGGCCACCCACAGCCCCCACCUCACCCCUGACAUUGACGGGCUGCACAGGCCCAGGCCUCUAUGACCCCUGCCCUCUCCACCCCCCACCCAUAGACUUUAACCCAACGACCUGUCGGACCACUGAAAAAAAUCAAGCUGUGGGGAGCCAUGAGUUGCAGAGGAAGGCGAGUUUUCUGGUUUUGGAAGUGCAUAUGAAUGUGAAGUCUACAGAGCGUUUACUGGAUCUCCAGAUUUUUUUUUUUUAGCCAUGUGGAAGUGCCAUGUUGGGAUGAGAAGAGGGGAGAUGGGGGUCGCCAGGAUCUAGACCAAGACACCAUGGGAAGCUAGCUUCAAGCUAAACUACUGAGCCAUGGCCCCGCCCACACGUCGUCCUCAACAGGAUGCUCACCAGUCCUCAGUGUGGUACAUUAUGAGCCAAACCCGCUGAGUUUACAGCAUAAUUAAUGUUUCUUUUAUAUUUAGUCUUACUUCUUUUGUAGCCUGACCUUCACCGCCUUUUCCAUUAAGGUUGCAGAUGAAGCCAUUACUCACCCAGUGCAGUCUGUCCCCACUCAGAGUAGCUCAGGACCAAACUUUGUUUCUGUCAUCAUGUAAAUGUUUAGUAGCAGGCUGUCAGAAAGCUGGAUUUAGUGUCCGUCUUUUUUCUUUGCUGUGAUUCUGGGACCUUCCGUCUUUUAAAAAUGCUGAAUAAGGAAGGAAAUCUCUUCUUGGAUUAGACAGCACACACAUCCUUUCUGAUAGAUUUUCCUCCUGAAAGGAAUAGUUCAGAGUUUUUAAAGUGGGUUUUUUAGAUAUCUCUUGGUGUUUUCCUGGAUCUGCAUGGUAAAUCUGAUGGCUAAAAACCAAAAUGGACAUCUGCCAUUAUAAACCUCCCCGGGUUUUCAAAAACGCAUCAAAACGUUGUUUUUUUACACCUUUAAAUCCUCAUUACUGCACAGAAUCCUAUAAUUAUUCGCACAGGAAAUCGAUGUUGGAGGUGGUGCGUCACCAAUAGUCUUCCUGUUUGAAACUCAUUCUGAGAACAAAAAGUGAAGCAAAUGAAUCAAACAGCUUUAACAUCUAUAAAAGCUCAGAUCAAAAUGUAUUGUUGAAUCUUUGCACUGCAAAAACACAAAAUCUCACCAAGUUUUUUUUUUCUUUUUUUUUUCUGGUUUCUAGUGGAAAUAUCUUAGUACACUUGCAAUACGACAAAACUAACUUACAUGGACAUUUUCAACAAGAUAAAGCAGCUUGGUUUAAGUCAGUAAUGCAUUAUGAUUGAUUAAAAAAGUACUAGGUCCAGUGGCUUCACCAUCUGGUUGUAAACAAUCUAUUUUCAUUCCCACUAGAGGUGCAGAAAAAAAGCGAUUCUCUAGAGAUAUGAGAAUUGUAAUUUCUAGUCCUGAAAAUUCUGAAUUGAUUCAAAAUGCUAUUUUAAUCUGCUUAAAUUUGUGUAAAAUUAUAUUGUGAAUAUUUGAUAUUUUUUAUUUAAGAAAAAGCCAAGCAGCUAAGCUAAAAGCUGGUAAUUACUGAUGAAAUUUGAUGCAGUAUGAAACCUUUUAAAGUUUUACGUAAAUGUGUUUACACUGUCUUUUCCUCAUCAGUCACAAAACUUAAACAGAACCUCUUGAAUAGAAACAUUAGUUUCUGAAUUAAAAAUUGUUUCUGAAUCAAAUUGUGACCCAAAAAUUGGAAUCACACCAAAUUGUUAGCACUGAAAGAUUUGCAUCUCUAAUUGCCACCCUGUUUCACUCAGGAAGACUGUUGGUGACGCACCGCCUCCAGCUUCCAUUUCCUGUGUAAAUCAUUGCAGAUGUGAUGGCAACUAAAGGUUCAUUAUAGCAUCAUAAAAUGCUAUGAUGUUCUGGAUUUGGGUGUGUGAUAUAGAAGUCUGCUUUGGUCUUUGUUAGCCUCAGAUGUUUAUGCUAAAUAAAGAAGCCAUGAAUUAUGUCUGCAGGUGGAAAAUCCAGGACUAUCCCUUUAAGAGAUCCAUUUGUAUCUUUGCUUAUAAACUUCUUGUUUACGAGGUAACGUCUCAUUUUAAAAUCAUGUUGCACUCAAGGUGAAGGUCAGCUGUUAUCCAUUGUUUGUCAAAAUGUCACUUUAAGUUUUAGUGUAGCUGGAGAGCACUGAGGAGCUCCACCUCCCGCUAGGGGGCGCUCUAACGAAACUGCAGGAACUUCUCAGGCAUCUUCUGGGCCGUUCUCCGACAGGAUGUCAGCAACACGACGUUUGGAGACGCCAAACAAAAAAAACCCAGAGCUGUUUUCAUUCCUGCUGUAUUCUCACAUCUGCAGUCAAAGCCAUCACUCCUCCUGAUUGCGUCCCCGUCGCUGUGGCAACACAGCAGCUUCAUCAGAGAAACGGGACAGAUGAAUGCGGUACUAAAGUCAAAGAGAAGAACGGCAGACUUUAAUUAAGUUUUUGUCUUACAUUUACUUUGUGUAAUGGAGGAAACACUUGAAAGCUGAUAAGCAAAUUUCCUGAUGCGUUCAUAAUUAGUGAUUAGUUGUUGUACGAUUGGGCGCUCAAACUUUAAAUCCUUAACAUAUUUACUGAGAUGAAGAAGAAUUUGUUGUCGUCUUUAUGGUUUCGGAGUUUUUUCCUCGUCUUUCAUCUUUCUGUCUGUCGGGUUUGGGACUGUUUGAGUUGUGCAGCUGUGAGCUUACUGUCUAAUUUAUUCACACAAGUGAUUUGCAGGCAUGUUUUCCAAUGAAUGCUGUUGAUUAGCUGAGCUCAUGAAUGACGGAGAGUUGGGAUGAAGUUUGGUUUAGAUUGAAAAGACAUGAACGAACACUGCAAAGACAAGGCACCUCAAACUUUUAAUGUCAUCAGAUUCACUCUUCUUUUAUGUCCUCUUUUCUUUUUCCGUCAUCUUCUGUUGAGUUGUCUUGGAGGCGCCCCCUGCUGGUGAAAAGAAGUGGUUGGUCCAGCCAACUUAAUGCCUUUUCUCUCCUCAUUUCUUCCUCCUUGUAAAUUGUACAGACUGCAAAAUUACAAAACUUGACAUAUUUGAAAAUAAUAAGAGAAAAAAAAUGAGCUGAUCCUUUUAAACUUGUAAAAACUUUACAGUAUGAUAAUAGAGCUGAACAGAAAAAUAACCUGAU